AUGUCCGAGUACAAAAACUACCUGAAGCGCCUGAAAGUGAUCAUAAAGAGGGAAAAGCCGCUGGACAUGGAUCACUUCCUGGACAAGUUGUCGGAGAAGGACCUCAUUACCACGGUCGAAGAGAAGGAAUUGAAAGAGAGGUCUACCUAUAAGCACAAAGUCGACGGGGUCUACUUCAUCCUGAAUCAGAAGGACGCGAAGUCUACGUUCUACGACGUGGAGCGCAUUUUGGAAGAAAUGGAGAGAUGCGACAUCAUCGCGGAAAUGAUGAAACGGUAG